AAAACUAAGAAACUAAAAAGUCGGUCAUAAUUUUUUUAAGGUUCUUGUGUUUUGCUAAUGAAAGUUAAAAGAUAUCGCAAUUAUUAGAAUAAUAUUAUUUAAAUUCUGUACCUACAGCUGAUGUGUUUCCCAUAAACUUUAAUUGCGUGAAGAUAAACACGAAAUGGAAUGCAGUGCAAACGUCAUAUUUUAGACACUUGUGUUUUGUUGUGAUUUAUUUUUUCUGCGAUUGUUUGGUGAAAAAUACGAAAUAAUUGUGAUUUGUUCUCACACGAAAUUAGAUUACUUCAACACACUUUAUUGUCUAAUGCGUUCUAAAGAUGAACUGGUUCGAUACGUCGGGUCUGACGAGUCUCGCCAAGUCAGCAUUGAAGGAGGCCCAGAAAACGAUAGAUAAAGCUCUGGAUAUUCAAGAAGACAGCAAUGACGAAUUGGACGACGAGCCGACCGCUCCCUCGAGCACGAAAUCAUCGCCCGGAAGCGGUAACGUAACCCAGAAAGAUAACGCUGAUUUUUUCUCCUCUUGGGGCCUAACAGUCAGCGCCGAAAGCGGCAGAGCUGAGGCUAUUGCCGACCAGCCCGUAGUGACAGAGAGCCCUUCGAAAUCCAGCUCUCAAAAAAGUUGGGGCUCAUUCGCUGGUUCUUUUUUCGACCAACCGAAAUCUGAUUCAAAUACCAUCAUCCGACCUCCAAAAGCGAAAUCUUUGAACAUUAUUUCUGACAAAUAUGACAGUCAGGAUGAUUUGUUUUCGAAAAGUCAACUUGUUAUGUCCGAUGGGGCUGAUUGUUUAAGUUUGAAGAAGGAGGAAUCUCCUAAGACAGAUGACAGACGCAAUUCUUCAAUGUCUAAUGUUUUAUCAUUUGUAUCGAGCAGGAAUAGCUCUGAUUCAGUGGAGGUUUUAUCUCAAAGCCUAAAGUCGACCCCAGAUUCUGAGGCAGUGUCGUGUCAGUCCAUGUCUCACAGUAGCAGUGCUGGCUUAAAACUCAAUUCUGAGUCUGUGGAGAUCUUGCCCGACAGUCUCGUGAGUCCUAGUUCAAUAGAGUGCUUAGGCUUUGAUAGCUACGCAAGUGACAAAAACAGUAGCUCAUCCUCUAAUCUAUCUGUGAGUAAUUUAUCUGAUAAGAAAUCCACACCUGUUGGUGAGAGAACUGAGAAAGCUGAAACUGCAGACAGUGUGAGUUUAGUAGCUGAUGAUGACGAGGAUACAAUGUCUUACAACUCCAUUUCUGAAUGCACUGCACCCACUGUUCUAGAUACUGAUGAUAAGCCAUUGAGUCCUUUUCCUAAAAUAGCCCGAAUGGAGCCCAGGUGGCCGAAUGAACGAGACUUGGCAAACAUAGAUCAAUCUUUACUUGCAUCUCAUAAGAUGCAAAUAAGUGAAAACUCUUCAAAUGAUGGCUCAUGGUCUGAUAGAACAUUAAAUGCUGACAAUGACAGCAUUACUCAAGAAAAUGCUACUGAGGAACAAAAGAAAGAUCCAGAACAGGAGGAUGUGUUAAUGGAGAAGCUGAGUGACUCUUCUUCAUUUUAUAAUAUCAAUGUUUCAGCAGAUUUAACGAAAUCUGAAAGUUCUGCGUUUGUCAAUAUUGAAAAACAGCAGUGUAGUGCACCAGAGAGCAGUGAAUCAUCUCAAAAGGAAGUGAGUGUAAAGGAAAGAGUUUCACCAGUGAGUUCAGAAAGUAAGAGUGACUUAGUUAAGAUAGGAUCUGACCGAACUUCAGGACACACCUCAGGUGAUGAAUUAGAAACGGCAACCUCUUCAGACAUCGAAAUAAUUCCUAGUCCUAACGGAGACAGUAGCAAUGGAUGUAGGAAUAGCCCUGCAAAAUAUGGGUUGAAACAAAAAGUUGACGGAGCAACAUCACCAAAUCUGGUAGAUUUAGUUCUUGGUAAAAGUCUAGCAACUAAAAUUCGUGGACACAACAGAGAGCUGUCAGAAGCUUCUGUUCAGAGUAACACAAGUGACGAGAGCCAGUCUGAGAAUGAUAGGUUAAUGCGCAGAUUGUGUGAGAUGGCAGAAAUCUUAGAUGCCAGAGAGAACAGACUGAUAGAAGUCACUAGAAGUAAUGCAGAAUUAACUGAAUCUAACACGAGCUUAAAGAGCCAGGUGGAAUCUCUGAUGGUGAAGCAUGAAGGAGGAGAUAUCAAUACCCUAGCUGAUGACUACACCCAACGAAUGUCUGCGUUAGAGAAGAAAUUCCAACAAGUUAUUAGAGAGAAGGAUCACCUGCGGAAGCAACUGGACACUGUGAGAACUGAAGUGACUCGCAAGACCUCAUCAGAGUUCGAGAGCAGUUUGAAGGAGAAAGAGGAAAUGAUCGCCCAGCUGCAAGAGGAGGGGGAGAAGCUGGCGCGGCAGGAGCUGCAGCACUCCACCAUCAUCAAGAAGUUGAGGAACAAGGAGAAGGAUAAUGAACAAGUCAUCAAGGGCCUUAGGGACAGAGUGGCGGAGCUGACGUCAGAGCUGGACCGCGUCAAGCGCUCUAUGACGGCCAAGGAGGAGGUGGAAGUGACGCAGAUCGAAGCCGUGUACCGGCUCACCACCCAGAACAAGAAGCUAGAGACUGAACUUAUGGAGACAAAGAGCGCCCUGGACGACACGUCGCGGGCGCUGGAGGGCGCGCGCACGUCGGUGGAGGCGCUGAAGCGCGAGCUGGCGGACGCGGCCCGCGGCGCGGCCGAGCUGUCGCGCCAGCGCGCGGCGCACGAGCGGCUGCGCGCGGACGGCGAGCGCGCCGCGCGCGACGCUGAGCUGCUGCGCCACGAGCUGCGCCAGCUGCGCGCCGAGCGGGCCAAGGAGGAGCAGCGCUGGCUGGCGCGCGAGGAGGCGCUGCGGCGCGAGGCGGCGGAGGCGCGCGAGGCGGGCGAGGCGCGCGCGGCGGGCGAGGCGGAGGCGCCGGCCGCUCUGCUGCAGCAGCUGGCGGCCCUGCAGCGCGGCGCGCUGGAGCGGGAGCGCGCGCACGGCGCGGCGGCGGGGGCGCUGGCGGCGCAGCUGGCGGCGGCGGAGGCGCGCGCGGCGAAGGCGGCGGAGCGUGAGCGGCUGGCGCGCGACGAGGCGGCCGAGCUGGCGGAGCGGCUGGCGGCGGCGCUGCGCGACCGGCUGGAGGCCAACCGCGCGGCGCAGGAGCAGCACGAGCGCAGCCGCGCCGCGCACGAGCUGCAGCGGCACUGCCAGGACUUGCUCGACCGCAAGCAGCAAGAGCUGGCGAGCCUGCAGGCGGAGUGCGAGCAGCAGGCGGCGGCGCAGCGCGCGCGGGUGAGCGAGCUGGAGGCGCAGCUGGCGGAGUGCCAGGGGGCGCUGGACACUGAGAGGAAACGGAACGCUAUACUACAAGAGCAAGUGUCGACGCGCGGGGACAUAUCGCCGUCUCAGUCUAUCGCCUCGGAUUCUUUCUCCGCCUCGUUCUGGCAAACGGAGGAGGGCGGCGGCGCGGUGGUGGGCGGCGGCGUGUCGGCGGCGGGCGUGGAGGAGGCGCUGGCGGCGCUCACGCGCAAGGAGGGCGAGCGGCGCGGGCUGGCCGCCGCGCUGGCCGCCGCGCGCGACGAGCGGGCCGCGCUCACCGCCCGCCUGGCCGCGCUGCAGGCCAGGCUGCAUGACCACCAGAGCCUGCAGGAGCAGUACGACGCGCUGCUGCAGAUGUACGGCGAGAAGGAGGAGCAGCUGCACGAGCUGCGGCUGGACCUGCACGACGUGACGCAGCUGUACAAGGCGCAGCUGGACGAGCUGCUGGCGCUCAAGCAGCUCGCGCCGCGAUAGCGCUCGCCGCCCCCCGGCGCCCGCGCGUGCUGCGCGCUGCUCGGACACCGCUGACUACUUUCUAUAGUCUUAAUGAUGUUUUACAUACUUCUUGUAAGUCCUACCACUGAUAUAAGUAUUAUUGUUUAAAUCGAUAAUAGUUGUCAUGACCGCCGAUAGAUGGCGUUAGUAGUCGUCUAACUCACGCUACCAUUGUUCCGCUUCGAUAUCUAAGCUAAGCUAAUAAGUACUAUAAAGCUUGCUGAAAUUACUUUUUACGUGCGCAAAAUGAAAAGAUUUUUUUUCUUUGAUUGUGUCAGUACCGUAGGCUCCUUAAUGGGACCCCUCCGGGGGCUUAGCUGAGGACAGAAGCGCCACCUGGUGGGGCAGAAACAGAAUACAGUGGUGAAAUGACUCUCUAAGGGCGUUUCCUUUGAGACUCAGACUUCGACUUAGACGGCCGUCCUGGAAGGGUAUUUUAACCUGAGUAUAUCAAUCCGGAUACCUCUGAGAACGUGAGUUAAAAGCCCACGUCCAUGUGAUGUCAGAUAUUGGAAAAUUUCGUUUUCGCCGACGAUGACACUGUGUAGUGUAGGUAUGUUGUGUUGCCUAAGAAGCAUUGUCGGUCGGUAUGUCAUCUUCGGGAUCGUAAAUUAAAAGAACUUGAGGUCCUUCUGGUGGCGGGUGGUCAAUAAGUCUUACAUCGCUGUUUAUUUCUUACCAUCGGGAUGAAAAAAGAGUGCGGCAUAUUAGGUUAGGCCACGACGUUCAAGCCAUCGUGAUAAGAUAAGUAAGGACAAGAUAAUCUAGCACUUUCCAAAUUUCUAUUUCGCUCCAGGUACAACAUCUUUCGUUAAUUUCAUUAUAAUUCUAUACGUUUUACGUUGUUAAUAGAAAAUUCCAAACAUAUGUAAUCCCCACCGGUGUAGUUAAGCUAGCUAGCUAGCGGAUCUUUUUUAAAUCUUCCCAAGAAAAAAGGCGGAAAGAGGCAAAAUCGAAAAUAUCACUAUCCUAUGUUGCCUCCCGACUGUUAUAGUGACAGACAAUAUUCUAUAGUAACACUCGCGUACGUACAUCGAAAUAACUUAUAAUAGUGGUAGUGAUUCAAUUCCACACCUCAGACCAAUUAUAGAAGGACCUGUAUCGCACUCAUAGUCACGAACAAAAUUGUCUGUCAUUUUCUAAGGAAAACCAGCUUAGAUUUGGUAUAUAUCUCAUACUAUACUAGAAGUUUUUGCCCGUUUUUACACAAUUCAAUUACACAAAAAGGUAUUUUUACGGAGCUCUUUAACCGACGAACACGAUUACAACUAUUUAACAUCGAUUCUAUAGAUACAGUUUUUAUAAUCGCAUUAGAUCGUUGAUCAUGUACUUUGACAGAAAAGUAACGUCUAGCGAGGCAGGUCCUAUACAAUAAUUGGUCUGAGUUCCACACCAAUCGUAGUUAUAUUAAAUCGUACUGUAGUUCCUCGUGCCGUGAUUACAAUAUAAAAUAUAUAGGCGGAUUUAUAUUUGUCUGACGUGUCGUGUCGUGACAUCAGAACAGAAUCGUAUCAUACAUUUUGUAUGGCAACAUUUACACUUAUGUGUUGUGGCAUGUGAUGGCUUCUGAUGCCUCGCAUACAAAAUGUACAAUACCGAUUCUGUUCUGAUGGUUCACGUCACGUCAGACAAAUGUAAAUCCGGCUUACUUCAUUUGAUUCUAAUUCAAAUCAAAUAUGACGACUGUACUUACGAAAUAUAAUGUUCAUUUUAUUGAUUUAGCUUUAACAACCCAAAAAUGUAUAGAUGAAAUAUAUUCUAUGUAAUAAUAUAUGAUUCAUUGUCGCCAUAAAAUCACUCAUAUUAAAAUUAUAAAUAACUAUAAUAAUAAAAAAAAUUCAAAACAAAAUGGCCCACGAAUAAUGGAAAAAUUAUAAAAUUUAUUAUGUAGACCAGGCGCUGUGAGGCAUUAAGUGUGCAUAAUAUGAAGACCUGGAUUCUGGAUGUUGCAACUCGUCAGAGCGAAGUAUGUAAUAAGUGGCAUUAUCUGUUCACUAUGUUGUGCUAACAGAUAUUUGUAAUACAUAUUAUAUAGUGAACUUGAAGUAUGACUGACAGUGGCGUGCAGAGGGUUCUCAACUAAGGUAGGCUACACAUUUCACAAUGAGUCUUCGGUAGGCAAUGCAUUAUUGUAUCUAUGAACUGCACGCCGCUGAUGACUGACUUAGUUUAUAUAAACAAAGGUUGCAACACGGACAGCAUUUUGAUCACGUAUAAAUGGUGAUAAUUAAUUAAUUAUUAAUAAAAAAAUAAUUAUUUGCCUAAUAUUAUAAAUAUACAGGGUGCUCGGGAGUAUUUCCCAUAACUUCAAAGUUGACGAGUCCACUUAUAGGAGCUGAACUGCAUAACUAAUAUUUUUUAAAUAAAAAACUUUGUUUUCAUACAAAGUAAUUCAAAUAAUUCAGACUUUUCAUGUAACACACACUUUAGCUAUCCUUGCAUUUUAAACUACGUCGAACUUGGCUACGUCAUAAUUAUAUGGAUGCGUAAGGAACACAUUUUAAAAUCUAUUUACAAAAGAAAUAUUAUUUACCCCAAAAAUAUUAACUUUAGAAUACAUGUUCCUUGAUUAUUUUUAAUUCGUUUUCGGUAAUGAAUAUAACAGAAUUACGAGAAAUACACCCGAGCAUCCUGUAUAAAAAUUAGUUUAAUUUUUUGUUAGUAAAUAUUAAUGUAAUGAAUGAGGGGAAACACGAAGUGUUAAAUGUAAAUAGCUUACAUUGUGAUAUAGUAAACAUAUAUUUAGAUUGGGAUGUUUCGUUUUGUUUGUUGCCCAACCACCAAUGGGUAUAAUUCAUUAUUAUUAAUAGUUUAGUUAGUUUUAGCUGUUAGUUUAUAUUCCAAAAACAAUACAAUGGUUUAGUUUUGUUAUGUCAUAACAUAUUUGACACAAUUUACUAAGUUAGAUAUUGUAGUCAAAAAUGUAAAAAUCGAAAGUAAAGAAAUAAAUCGAGAAAAAUUAAACAUAUUUAUUUUGUCUUGUGUAUGUUUACUUGUAGAAAUUGCUCCAUGAAUUAUAUUUAUGAAGCAAUUUUUAUUCUUUUAAUUUUUUGUUUAGUUUAUUUGUAGUCUAUAUACAUAGUUGAUAUAAUGUAAUAUAUAUUUUCAAACUAUUAUCUAAUUAGCAGUUAAAUUAUAUGAAAAAAAAAAAUUUAAAGGUCUACAAAAAAUAGAA